GCUCGAACCAAAGAGAUCCACAAACGCAUGGCGAUGUCACUUGACAACAGCAUGAAGUUUACCAGCCGUUCCAGAGAUCGCAGCACAUGUCUCAGCCGCUCCAGCAGCUUUAAUAGUGAAGUUUGUGUUGGUAUGGCGCCAUGUUGUGGUUUAUGAGAAAAUGAAAAUAUUUUUCACACAUUUAUGUGCGGUUUAGAAAACUGUUAUGGCGAAUUUACGAAUGACAGAGGAUGAGGCCUUGCACUAUUUCUUUUCGCUUGGAGAAUCAGAUAUUCCAUCUGGAUCUGAAGCCAGUUUCUGCAGCGAUGAAGAUGGUGAGGAUUGUGGUGAAAGGCAAGAUUGUUCAGGUAUUUUUAAUUCUGAUUAUGAAGCUGCACAUAUACCGACUUCCAAUCAUUUGGUUUCCAACACAAAAGCUGCAGUACCCCCAGCCCCACCAACUGCAGAUCAUGUUAGGGAAAGAACUGUGUGGCAUGCUGGAAGAGACAAUGCUUUCAGUAGUAAUGUUCCCCCUCCAGCAUUUACUGGAAGUCACAGUGUGAAUGUUCAAGGAAAUGUUCCUUAUGAUUUUUUGAAAUCAUUUUUCCCAGAUGACUUGAUUGAUAGAAUUGUAUUUGAGACAAACCAAUAUGCCUUCCAGUGUGGUAAAAUAAAUUUCAAAGUGACGAAGAAGGAAAUACAAACUUUUCUUGGCAUAAAUAUUAUCAUGACCUACAUUCAUUACCCAAGUGUGAGAAUGUAUUGGAGUUCAAUUCAGGGUAUGCGGUUUGACUUGAUCUGUAAUGCAAUGUCUCUAAAUCGCUUUGAGGAAAUAAAACGCUUUCUUCAUUUUGUAAACAAUGAGUCUAAGCCUACAGAUGAAGCUUCAGAUCGUUUCUGGAAGUUGACACCUGUCAUUACUGCCCUACAUAAUUCAUUCCAUGCUGGCCAGAGCCCUGAAGAAAAUCUUGCAAUUGACGAGAUGAUAAUACCUUUCAAGGGCAGGAGUAGAAUGAAACAAUAUAUUAGAGGGAAACCAAAAAGAUGGGGGUUCAAAGUUUGGGUUAGAGCAAGCUCUUCUGGAUACAUACAGUGUUUCGAGUUUUACAGUGGGAAAGAUAAGAAUAGUCGCAGCACUUUGGGCCCAGUUGGUGAUACUGUAAUGAGGUUAUGUCAUGAUAUCAAAGGCAAGAACCACAAACUGUUCAUAGACAAUUUAUUCACAAGUCUACCAUUGAUUCGCAAACUAAGGAGUGAUGACAUUUUGGUUUUGGGGACCCUUAGAAUAAAUAGGGCUCCAGGGGUUGCAGAGAAACUAGUUCCAGGAAAACUUCUACAGAGAGGAAGUUCAACAGUUGCGACAUCUGAUGAUAACAUUACAGUGGUUAGAUGGAUGGACAACAAAGAAGUUCACACAAUAUCUUCUUUUGCUGGAGCUCAACCUGAAAGUGAGGUACACAGAUGGGACCGUAAAGCAAAGGCCAUUUUGGAAAUACCGCGUCCAUUCUCUAUUGGAGAAUACAAUAGACACAUGGGUGGGGUCGACUUAGCUGACAGAAUGAUUGCUCACUACCCACAUGGAUUCAAGUCAAAGAAAUGGUAUUUGCGUGUAUUUUUCCAUCUCCUGAACAUGGCAUUGGUAAAUGCGUGGAUUUCAUACAAAGAAGCAAAGAAUGAAAAAAUUCCAUUUGUGACCUUCAAAGCAUCUGUGGCACAUACACUUAUUGCUCUUGGUACAACCGAAGUAAGAAAAAGAGGUCGACCGUCUAGUUUGGAAGAAGCUGUACUAUCAAAAAAGAAGACGGUACCACUCACAGUAACACCGCAGGUGCGAUUUGAUGGCUAUGAACACUGGCCUAAGAAAGCAGAAGGACGUGAAAUGAGAUGCCGUAAUGAUACAUGCAAGAAGAGGACACGAUAUAUCUGUAGCAAGUGUCAGGUGGCUGUUUGUCCAGACUGCAUGCAAAGUUUCAUUACACAGUAAAAAGGGUAUAUUGUCAAUGCAAAAAUAUUUCAACUAAAAAAAUUACUUAUUUCUCAAGUAAUAUGAUUUGUGUUUAAUACUGCGUGUAACUUUCAUGUUC